AUGCCCUCUCAAUCUCACUACUCGGCUGCUACUAGUAGUAGUGGAAGCACACCCGCGGCCAUGUUGGACAAGUAUCUCGCCGAACCCCCUACAAUUGCAGGACGGAUUGCGAGUGGAAAGAAGACGGAAGGAAAGGCCAAGAAGACGAAGACAUAUUUGGCUGGGUGGCAGGACUCAUGGGACAAACUGGGAUCGCCUAGAAAGUGA